AUGUCUCUCUGCUGCUCUUCCCUUCGCAUUGGAAGCUUUCUUUCUAGCCUUCGCCCCCUGACCCUCAGACUAACAAGCAAUCUCCAUAUCCACGGCCAGCCCAGUACGCACCCUUGUCGAGCAUUCUCCUCCUCAAUGCCGCUCCGGGCCAUAAUACAGCCGGUCUUUAGCCCUGAGGCUAUUCAUCCGAUCGGACCCUACUCCCAAGCCAUCAAGGCAAAUGGUUUCGUGUUUCUUUCCGGUCAACUUCCAGCCGACUCUCAAGGCAAGUUGAUCGAAGGUACCGCCGCCGAUAAGGCGCACAAGAUGUGUCAGAAUGCCCAGGCAGUCCUGGAGGCAGCCGGUUCCAGCCUGGACAAGGUCGUCAAGGUCACGGUCUACUUUCGCAACAUGGAUGAUUUCAAAGAGGUGAAUGAGGUGUAUGCCGAGUAUUUCCCUCACAAGCCAGCUCGGAACGCCUGUGAGGCAACAAAGCUGCCACUGGGUGCAAGCCUGGAGAUGGAUAUUAUUGCUGUACAGUAG